AUGGAUCAGACGCCGUCCGACAGGCUGUCCUCCCACCUCGAUGCAUUGCGACCACCCUCCUCCUCUUCAAGGUGGUCGCAGCUCCCCUCGUCCUCGUCUUUCUCCUCCUUCUCCCCCAUCCCCGAGGCUGCUGCUAGCUCCUCUGCCCAGCAGCUGAAUCCCUGUCUGGAUGAGUCUACCCGAGCUUAUCGCACCACCGCGCUACGCCACCUGAACGGCAAUCCCAAACCCUUGUCCUGGAAGGCGCGCCAAGCAGCCAAUAUUUCUGGCAGCAGCGGCAGGUCGUCGAGCUUAGCAUCGCAGCCUGUUCUAGUCAGGUCGUAUUCUGGGGGUCCUGAUGAGAAUUCCGGUCCCUCCAAUAUGCCUACGCGGCGGUCCUUCAUUUUCCCUGGUACCUCAACCUCGACCUCUCACUCACAGCGGCGGGAGCCCCAGCUCCCAGCUGUCGAGGAAUUCAGCAUAGACGGCAUCCUCCGCGCCAUUGAGCCCAAUAUCCGCAGCACGCUCGACUCGAUCGGGGAAAUCUGCGGUCGAAGCAAGCUCAGUCUGGCCAACGAAUAUGGCAGCCACAUUGCUCCUCUAGGCGAGAUUCGUGCUCCGCCUGGUGGGCUUUUGCCCGUUGAAGAAGCCAGCUCGGACCAUGAAGGAUACUCUGGCGACAAUAUAGUCAUCUACGAUGAUGACAACGCAGACGGACGAGAGCCCAGUCCGUUCUCAAACUAUACGUUCUUCGACACUCUCCUCCCUCCCAUUCCCGGUCCGUCUCCGACUAUCAACGCUGGGGCUCCAUCAGGUCAUCUAGCCCCCGAUGAGCCCGCUAUAGAUUCUCUGCCUACCACUCGGGAGUUUGCCUCCAAGCCCAAAGCAGGCGGCCGAGCGUUGCUGGCAACAUCGGCUGAAAUAAAUAUCGACGACCGCGUGCAAACCAUCCUAACUCCAGCGCUCGUUUCGGAGAUACUCCUCGACGCCCAGGCGAAUGAUCACCUGUUGAACCAAGACCUACCCGAACCGCCUCAGAGUCAGAGCGCAUCCAAUCGUUGGUCGGACCCUACUAAACCCUCCGAAAUGCAGUCGCUCUUUCGCUGGCUGAAACAAGCCGCGUGGAGCGACGGCGCCGACGUUGAGCACCAAACGGCGGAAAUGCGCCUGCGAGCUAUGCUUGAGCGGCAAGCUGAGCAAGCUAUAUGA